AUGGCUACAAAUGGAGUGACAAACGGCUUGAAGCGCUCCAACAGCAUCGCCCAAUCCGAGACAUCACAAACAGCACAAGACUACAUCGCAUCCCAGCUCUCUCUCGAGGCAGACGCCCGCGAAGCACUUCCCUACCAGUUCGACACCUGCACGAAACCUCUAGGACCUCUGCGACAAUCAGUAUAUGCUUGCCUGACAUGUACGCCACCGCCUGCAUCGCCUCAUCAACAGUUUACUCCAGCCGGAGUGUGCUAUAGUUGUAGCAUCAGCUGUCAUACCGAGCACAACCUGGUCGAGCUGUUCGCGAAACGAGACUUCGAGUGCGACUGCGGGACUAGAAAGUUCGCCAACUCAGGUACACCAUGUAGCUUGCGCACCAAUGCCGCCACAGCCGCAAAGGGUGGCGUGACUGGAGAGACAGCGAGAGCAGGAAACAAGUACAAUCAGAACUUUGAGGGCAAGUUCUGUGGCUGUGGAGAGGAGUAUGACCCGGAGAAGGAGAAGGGCACCAUGUUCCAGUGUAUCGGACUCGGGCAUGUUGAAGAUGGUGGGUGUGGCGAGGACUGGUGGCAUCCAGAGUGCUUGAUGGGUCUGCCAAGGAGAAAGAUCGAGGAGAAUCAAGAAGUGAAGACAGGCAGCAAUGGAGGCUUAGAGACAGUAAAGGAAGAGACAGAAGAUGGUGCAGAGCCAGCGACGAAUGGAGAAGGUGCAAAUGGCGCAGAAGCUCUCACAACGAACGGCGCACACCACCAACACAGUCAGGAAGAGGAAGUGCCGCCUGGCUUUCCUGCAGAGGAGGACUUCGACCACUUGAUAUGCUACAAAUGUGCGAAUGCGUUCCCCUGGAUCAAGCAAUACGCGGGAACGGCUGGGUUCUUGCCUGCAGUGCCUGCCGAUGGAUCCGCACCAGAUGUGAAGCCACUGACCGCGGUACCUACGACUACACCCGCAGUAUCAGAAGACAGCAAAAAGCGGAAAGCGGAAGAUGAGACUGAGGAGUUCAUCGUUAAGAAAGUCAAAUCAGAUCCCGAGUCUGCUCUUACCUCAACGCCAGCAGAAUACGCACGUCGAACGCUUGAGACGCCAGUCCUACCGUCCUCGAAAUUCAAGCACGAGACUCUACCACCAAUGCGCGAAGGCUCAGUGACGCUCUUCGCGCGAGAAGACUUCCGCGAAUACCUAUGUCGCUGCCCUGACUGCUUCCCACGUCUAGCGAAACAUCCACAACUACUCGAAGAAGAAGAGACAUACGAGCCGCCAGUAUCAGAAUCCGAUCAGAACGAAGGUGUUGGCGCCCGAAGUGUCGGAUCUGGCUCUCUUUACGAACGCGGAGAAGCAGCUCUCUCGCAAGUUGACCGUGUCCGCGCUAUUGAGGGCAUCACAGCGUACAACAAUGUGAAGGACAAAGUCAAAGCUUUCCUCGCUCCGUUCGCCGAGAGUGGUCAGGCGGUCAGCGCGGAGGAUGUGAAGGCAUACUUCGCCAAGCUUCGUGGCGAUGAUCAAGCCAUGAAGGAGGCAGCUGCGGGCGCCGAAGGAGCCGCUGUCCAAGGCGAUGGGAGGAAGGAGCAAGAUGGUUAUUGA